UGGUCUGUGUUCAUCUUUCAUCUGCGCCGCGUUCUCAAAGUUUGCUCACGAUCAAAAGCUUCUCCGAUCUUCCUCGCCUGAAAAGGUUUCGUCUUUACUAAGCUAUGGCUGGGAAAGCUGCAGAAAGUGUGGCAAAGACAGUGACAGGGUUUCAAUAUCCAUGGAGGGCGAAACUCGAUAAAUACAGGACCGAGCUGACCAAAGGCGUGUGGGGUUACUGGGAGAUGGGAGCAUGGAAACCGUUGGGGAUAAGCGCUCGUAGGAGAGCGAUGCUGAGGAAAGAAGUGUUGACAAAUGGAGAAGACUGGCCUUACGAUCCAGAGAGAAAAGCGAUGAGGACAAAGAGGAAAGGGCAUAAAUGCGACAGAAUCUCAGCUGAGAAAAGGGAGAACACGGUGAAACUUAUGCAGAAGAUGCCUCAGAUGCUACUUGAUUACAAGAAGAGAAGGUGGGAUAAGAAGAUGAAGGAAGAAGAGAAAGCUAAAGAAGACAAGUGAUUGAUCCACCGAUGAGAUUAUUACUGUUCGUCUUGGCUGAAUGAAAUUGAAUAAUCAUAACUCUUGUUGUUUCAUAGUUAUGCAAUCUUGGUGGCAAUUGGGAUAUGAGAGCUCAUCUUUGCAUUUGUACUGGUCUUUUUGUUUGAUGGAACCUAAGCAUUGUUGUCGUUAGAAUCGAAUGACUGUAAAAAGAAAUGGUUUAUGAAAUUACUAGAUUACGCAUUUACACG